AUGUCACAAAACAGACCCGCUGCCUUCUCUGGCCUGCGGAUGGGGGAGAUUAUUCGAGAGAAGGUUCAGGAUGGAUUGACCGGUGAAAUUCGAGAGAUGCAGUAUACACAGUGCAAGAUCGUAGGGAAUGGCUCUUUUGGUGUAGUUUUUCAGACCAAAUUGUCCCCCAACGGCGACGAUGCUGCUAUUAAACGUGUGUUACAGGAUAAGCGGUUUAAGAAUCGUGAGCUUCAAAUCAUGCGUAUCGUGCGGCACCCGAACAUCGUGGAACUGAAAGCAUUCUACUACUCUAACGGAGAGAGGAAGGAUGAGGUUUACCUUAAUCUUGUCUUGGAAUUCGUUCCAGAGACUGUUUAUAGGGCUUCCCGAUAUUUCAACAAAUUGAAGACCACCAUGCCGAUAUUGGAGGUGAAGCUUUACAUCUACCAGCUAUUCCGGUCCCUUGCAUACAUCCAUUCUCAGGGGAUCUGUCAUCGAGAUAUCAAGCCUCAGAACCUUUUGCUGGACCCCGCGUCUGGGGUUCUCAAGCUGUGCGAUUUCGGUAGCGCCAAGAUAUUGGUUGAAAAUGAACCCAACGUCUCGUAUAUCUGCUCACGGUAUUACCGUGCUCCCGAGCUCAUCUUUGGAGCCACAAAUUACACACCGAAAAUAGAUGUCUGGUCAACAGGAUGUGUUAUGGCGGAACUUAUGCUUGGGCAACCUUUAUUCCCUGGAGAAUCGGGUAUUGACCAACUAGUGGAGAUCAUUAAGGUUCUUGGCACCCCUACACGAGAUCAGAUCAGAACCAUGAACCCCAAUUACAUGGAGCACAAGUUCCCCCAGAUCAAGCCGCACCCCUUCUCCAAGGUAUUCCGCAAAGCUUCAACUGAAGCUAUCGACCUGAUAUCGAGAUUGCUUGAGUAUACUCCCACUCAACGUCUCUCCGCUAUCGAGGCCAUGUGCCAUCCAUUCUUCGACGAGUUGCGUGACCCGAACACUAAGUUACCAGAUUCCCGUGGUGGCCAAGGUCUUCGGGAUCUACCCCGCCUCUUUGAUUUUAGUAGGCAUGAACUCUCAAUCAUGCCCGAGCUUAACGAGCGGCUGGUACCGCAUCAUGCUCGCCCUGCGCUAUUAUCUCGAGGUAUAGACUUGAAUAACUUUGUCCCCAUGUCCAAAGAGGAGAUGAUGGCAAAACUGGAUUAAAAAAUUCCCUUCUAUUAAACCCAAAUUUCAUGGUUCCCUUCCUCUAUCUCUUUUUUUUUUUCUUUUUUCUUUUUUUCUAAGUUUUCUCAUUCAUAUGGCAUGGCGACACCGAUACGAGGCACAGAGAUUAGGUUUUUUUUUUUCUUUCGAAACGGCACAUGGCGAAUUGAGAGAUCUCUAUUCCCAUUAGAUGGAUUUGCUGACAAGGGAAGGAAGGAAGGGUCAGCAAGGCUCUGUGUUUGCUCGAGGGUAUUGCCUUGAUGGGUCGACAUGAGCGUGUGCCAGGUGGUGUGAUGUUUACCUUUUUUUUUUGUACACGGGUUCUCUUCUCUUCUCAAGUGGGCUUUUUAUGGCUCUUUAAAAUUAUUUGAAGGUUCCGACCUGGGAUCUUCGUUUUCAGAGCUGUUGGAAGGAUGCGUGGAUGGCGGGGAUUAUCUUGGUGUUGAGAGGGUCUGUUGUCAAAAAAAAAAAAGAAAAGGAAAGUGAACUAUGCCUAUGUGCGCUGACAAAAAUGAAAACCAGUUUCUUCCUUUGUCUUUUUUGUCUUGAUUCUUAUUCCUUUUCUCCGAGAUGGGUCUAGGUUAUCGGGCAGGGGAAAUCAUGGGGAUGCAACAAGUUCGGCGACGUCGUUCCUCCUGGUCAUGAGGCGCCAGGCUCAUUUUAACGCGCAGCUUUCAUCUGAAGUAUUAGCUGCGGAUUGUUUUGAGCGAAAGGAUUUUCAGGUUCCGUGGUUGCUUGCCAUUUCCCCUUUCCUGUUGGCCAGUCUACCGUGCUUCAAUAUGGGUUUCCCGUGUCACCUUUUUUUUUUCCCUCCCGUUUAAGGUAUUUCAUCUUGCUCCCGGAGUUAUCGUUUAUUUACUACGGGGGGUUGCAAGGUUACGAACCACUUGUCCAUGAUAAACGGGCUUCAGCUAUAUUUCUUAUUUUACUGCGGCAUAACAAUUUAACUCUAUUGGGAAUCUUUUCAACCA